GAUUUUGCGCAAGUGUAUGCAGCCCAAAGAUUUUAUUCCCAAGACACCAGAAAAUGAUAAAAGGCUUCAAAAGAAAUUUGAGAAAAUGGCUAAAGAGCUGCAGCAGCAGAAAACCACUCUGGGUACCAAUGUUCCUGUCCUCUUAUUUGAAUCUAAUGGCUCGUUGGUAUACAGCCCGACCGGUAAGGUCUACAGGGGCCACCACAGUGCAAUGAAGAAGAGGCUGCAGGAGAUGAAGGAGAAACGGGAAAACCUUUCCCCCACCUCCUCCCAGAUGAUUGAACAGCCUGAUGAUAACACUGUGAACUCUCUGUGUGAAGCAUCUUUGAACCUUUCACAUGAUACUUUGUGUUCAGAUAACUCUUCUGCCGGUGGUCUGCCCAUGUCUGCUGACGAUCCUUGUGGAGGCUCUGCAAGUGGGACCCGGGAGAGAAAACGGGGCGAGUUCAUCACUGAGAGGGAAAGUGAUCUGUGCGCUGCGUCGCCGGUGUUGCAGACAGGCCGUGGCAGCCCCUCAGCAGCUCCCCGUCCCCUGGGUCUCUGGACUCCUCCCAGAUCCACCAGCAGUCCUCCCAAGGCAGAGACCCCCCAGCAGAGCAGGGCUGCAGGUGGGGUUGUCACCCCCGUCUCGAAGCCAUCGCGGCCGGCGGCCCAGGGGCUGUCUGACGGGAAGAGGCGUUUGUCUCCUGUGUCCUCUGCUACGAAAGGCCGCCCCGAGGGCCGUGCACAAGCCCUGGGCUCCUCCGUCAAGAGAAGGAAGACCCCGGAGAACUGGCCAGCCUCAGAGGAGGGGCGGAAGAGGAGGCGGUCCCUCCGGCAGCGCCCUGUAGCCUGCCUGCGGCUAUGGGAGGAGAGCGGCCUGUGCUCUGUGCGGAGGCCCGCUGUCAAGAGUCUGGCCCUCGAGGAGUCCUCGUACGAUGAUUACUUUUCUCCUGACAAUCUCAAGGAGAGGGUCUCGGAGGGGCUUCUUGGGGAGCAGCUGCCCUCCAGCCCCCCUCCGCUCCGAGGCCAGAGGAGCCUUUCCAAGACCGAGAGGACCAGCCUCCUGGACAGGGCUGACCUCUCCCUCAUCGGCAGAGGCCCCAGACCCGCCGUCGGCACCUGCUCCACGGCGAAUCCCGGCCCCUGCCUGGAGAGGCCUGCGCUCUCCGGGGCAGACGCGGGGCUGGGCGGCGGGACCUCGGGGGGCAUGCCUGCUGCUGACGGGACCCCCGGGCCCUGUGCCCAGGCCGAGGCCCAGGGUGGGGGCGAUGCCCGCCCCGCUGGGGGUGACGUUCUGCACGCCCCCAGCGGACUCGUCCCCCGGACGGGACCACAGGGAGACCCCAGCCCUCUGAAAGGAAGCAGGGAGGAGAGGAAAGAAUGCACUGACACCCAGAGCAUGCAGAAAGAAGGCCCUUCUCUCGAAACGACGGAGUCUGCUGAAGCGCACAGUGAGGGUGAACUGAACUCUGUAGGUGACUGUGCUGAGGAAGGAUCCACGGAGAGGAAAGCGCCAGCCCAAGGAAGUAGAGAAAGUACGUGAGCCUCCUUUUACAGGUCUCUGUGCUCUGAGAAUGUGCAACAGGGCGUCCGUCAGCCACACCUAACACAGCUUUUUCAUAAGCAAAAUAUUUCUUUUUUCCCUUUUUAAAAAAACUUUGAAGAACGUAUAUUUGAUAUUUACAAUGGUAAAUUCAUUAUUCCUGAGGAAUAGACAGCCUACUGCCCUAAGGAGGUUCUAGGUUCCUUGCUUAAGCCUGUUGUUAUGAAUACAUUUCUCUAAGUCCUAUAGGUGCUGUCUUUUGUGAAGAAUGGCCUAGAGAGGGUGUUUGUCCUGGUUUCACUGUAGCCUCUCACUGCAGCAUCACUGAACAAAGAUGCACACUAGUGGAGAGCUUUUAAAAUGAUCUGUUUAUAACAGGGAGGCUGUUUACUUUAAAAGGGAAAUUAAGGCAGUGUAAAUCAUGCAUCUGUUUAUAACAGUGAAGCUGUUUAUUUUAGAAGGGAAAUUAUGGCAGUGUAAAUCAUGCAUUUUGUCAAGAAAAGACAAAAGCAUAAAUGUGAAAGUAAGUUAUCAAUAUUUAUUUUUGAAAAAACUAUCUGGUGUUAGUUCUGAAGAAAUAUUUUUUUAAAAUACUUUAAGCAAGUAGUUCAUUGUAAUAGACCUUUUUAGACUUCUUUUUAUUUGCUUUAAGUGUAUAAUUUAAAUAGAUUUAUUCCUAUCUAAUUAAAACCAUGGUAGCAGAUUAUGUCAUUAUAGCAAAAGUAACAACAGUAGAAAACCUUUUUGACUUUCUGAUUAUAUGCACAAAUAGGUUUCAGCAGUCAAAAGUGAAAAAUCAUGAACUUAAAUCAUCUCCACCUAAAGAUUGGGUUAAAAUUUCAGUGAGGCCAAGUUUAUUCUUCAUUAUUUUGUUAAAUCCUGAUAUCAUCUUAACCUUCAUCUUUUUUUUUUUCGCCCGUCUUAACCUUUUUAAAAUGGAGAAGUCAUAGGGAUUGAAAUGGACAUAGUUGUAUUGCGUAAUUUUCCCUUGGGUUUAGACUCCUCAGAAUUAUCUCAGAGAAUUUAGUCUGUGUAUUAUUAACGUGUUUAUAUCUGAGCUUUCUCAUCUAUAUAAAACUUUAUUAAAUAUUUAUAAAAUACAUAAAAUUUGAUAACCUUUAAAAAAAAAAAACGGCCUAUAUUGAGCAUUAUCUUUUUGGGAAAUUCCAUCUUUGAGAAUAUACCAGGCACUGUUCUAGUUCUGCCAUCCUCUUCAGCGCGGGGCAGUGAGUUGUGUUACCUGGUACCAUAUAGAGUGACUCAUUUACCCAUCCUCCCUUGGGGCAUGAAGGAUGAACAAUCCAUGCAUCUCUCUGCCUCAGGUGUUCUGAAUCCUUGUACAGGAGUAAGCCAGACAUCUUCCUUCAGGC